CAUACUUAAUAUAUUGACUCUGAAUUUGGAAUUACACUAAAGUGUUGGAGAUGAAAGGCGAAACCGUUCCUGAAGUGGAUAUGAGGAUAGUGGCCCAGAGUGCAGAGAUUCACAGGCAAGGCAUUUUGGGCUUCGCUCCCCGAAUCGGAUUGGGCAUUGUGGACUAUAGCGAACUAGAUAGGAUCGACAAUUUCUAUAUGGAAAGCCAGAAAUACCGGGACUAUUAUCGCGAUCCGCACAAUAUCAUGCACAAGCCAGACGUUUUUCAGCGGCAUCAGGGAAAAUGCGGCAUUAAAAUGGACGUUACUGUCCAGAACUUAACCGAGCCGAUACGAUGGGUAGAAGAGCGGCGUCCAGUUGUUUAUCCUCUUUCAAAGGACACCUCCAUGAGGAUAGGCAUACCAAUUCCACCCAUGAUCAGAGGGCGGUAUUCCAAGUCCUCAUCCACCUCCUUUCUUCACUAGACAAAGGACUUUUGAUGCGUUCUUAGUCGACCUGAGAUCCUAUUUAAGGACUGCUUCAUUUAGUUGAAGGUACCUGGCGAGCAUCUUAGCUCAUCUACGAACGCAUAACUUAUAUAAGAUGGUCAACUAAAUUGUUCUGUUAACUAUUGCCCAUAAGUCAUACAGGCAAGAAUAUGAGAUGAUUCUGAGUGGCUGACAAAUAAAAAUGUGUUAAUUGUAAAAUAA